AAAAGGGAAAAGAGAGACAAAAUCACGCACUCGCGCGUCACGGGCGCCAAGGCGCGCGCAUUGGCUACCCAAGGGAGGGGAGAGAGAGAGAGAGAGAGAGAGAGCGAGAGGGGGGAAGGCAGGAGAGGGGGGCGAGAUGCGCAGCCCCAACAGAGGGAGGCAAGCGCCUCGCGCCUCAUAGCACGCGGACCCUCCACUGGAUAACAGUCCUCCUCACUUGACCGCCACACCAGAACGGAACCCCCCGCCCCCUCCUCAAAAGACAAGACCGUCAGCCUCCGAGCCCAUGAAGGAGAGCCAGGAGAGGACGCGUGGGAGGAGGAGGCGCGGAGGCUUCCCUCCAUUAUAAAAACGAAGGAGGAGAGGAGGGGAGACGCCGGCUGGACACAUAGCGUGGAGGAAAUCAGCGCCACGGCCGUCAUUGCACCCUUGAGACAGGAGUCACACACUCUGAGCAUGCACAACGCAGUGGGCGACAAUGGAGAGGAUGAACCCUUUAUCAACAACAAGAGAUCUCCGGCACAAGCAGACUCGGGGAGGUCGUCCAACUGCCUCUGGAGGUUAGCGGUUCCAGUGCCGUGUCGGAAGAUGUCACUCAAGAAGAUAUUCUUGCUUCUUGUUGUCAUCUGUACUGUCAGCCUUCUGCUACACAACAGGGACUACUUGACCUGGUAUAAAGAGAGCUUCCACGUUGAUUGUCCUCACCCCCCUCCAUGCCAGAAACCUAAGCACACCAACAUCGUCUUUCUCAAGACACACAAAACAGCCAGCACCACCAUGCAGAACCUGCUGUUCCGCUUCGGGGAGCGCAACAACCUGACGGUGGCGUUGCCGAUACAGGCCUGCGGUCACCAGUUCUGCUACCCACAAUCCUUCAAAGCCCAGUUUGUUCACCCGCACACCCUGCCCGCCAAUGUGGUCACAAACCACAUGCGCUUUAACAAGACGGCACUGCAACGCAUGAUGCCAAAUGACACCAUUUACAUCACAAUCCUUCGAGAGCCGGUCUCCAUGUUUGAAUCCUUGUUCACUUAUUAUUCGAGUCACUGUGAGAGCUUCAGAAGGGUACCCAAUGGUUCUCUAGAGGUUUUCUUAAACAGACCCUCCUUUUACUAUCGGCCAUCAGAGUUCGACUCCUCAUAUGCACAUAACUGUUUGACUUUUGACCUCGGUGGAGACAAAGAUCGACCGGCAAACGACAAAGGUUACGCUCGGUCUUUUGCUACAGAGUUGGAUCAAGUUUUCUCCUUGGUGAUGAUUUCCGAAUAUUUUGAUGAAUCUUUAGUUCUUCUUCGUCAUCUCCUCUCCUGGGAUCUGGAGGACAUUCUGUACGUCAAACUCAACAUGCGAACCGAGGAUUCUAAAAAAAGCGUGGCACCAGGUCUUCCUGCAAAGAUCCGUGCCUGGAAUUCCAUCGAUUCAUACCUUUAUGACUAUUUCAACGCCACCUUUUGGCGCAAACUGUCAGAGCUCGGUCUAACCUACGUGGAGAAGGAGGUGCAGCUCCUCCAGGAUGCUCAGGAGAGGUUGAUGAAAACCUGCUUCGGCAGGGAGGAGCCACUCUUCCGUUCGACUGGAGAGAUCAAAAGAAAGGAUCUUCGGCCUUGGAAGCCCAAUGAGAAAGUGGACAUCGUUGGUUACGACCUUCCUGCAAACAUAAGCCGUGACGCACAGAAGCUCUGCCUCAAGUACAUCAUGCCAGAGCUCUCAUACACAGAGGCGCUUCUUCGAUCCCAGUCGCUGAGGCAGAGUCGAAUUAAGAGAAAGACUACCCAGAAGUCCACUAUCCCUCAGCUGCCGACACACACAGCGCAGCCUCGGCACUCUCAGGUCAGUCGUAACCACCCGGCUAAAGGCCCUGCUCCAGUAACAGGCGCAAAAUCCAUCCCAAAUCCCAAAUCUAUCCCAAAGCAGGCUGUAAUUACAAAGUCUAAGCCUAAAUCUCCACAUACUAAGGCCUUGUAGACUAAAACAACGUAUAAGUGCCCAACAGACUGUGUUGUUCUUUACGUCCUGACCCCCAACGGAAGUGAUGGCUUUUGGAAACAAAGAUAACUUACGAAGGUGGGGGGAAUACUGUCUAAGGCAAGAAUGUGUGAAAAACAAAAUCCUUUUUAAGAAUCCUUUCUUCCAAGUCUGUGAAACUACUCAAGAUGUAGGACGAAGCAGCCGACAAAGCACUGGGACUAGAGUGGAAGCUGCAUGACGACCACAAUGAAUGAGAGUGGGUUCUGUGUGAAGAAAAUGUUUUAUUUAACUUGAACUCAGAGGACACUUUUGGGAUUUGGGUUUCUUAUAAGGCACACGGUGUGCUUUUUGUGUAUCAUAAUGAUACAGUAACUUGUUACUUGCCUUUAUAUUUUUAGCUCACUUGUUCUCUUUAAUGUGCGCUACACACGACCCCUGACAGAGGUCAACACACGUCUAACCUCCAAAGACAGAUGGUCGCUUCUUCACCAGCCAUUGAACUAUGAAGAAACAAAUAUGAGCUGUUCUUCUUUUCCAAACCUAAUACCACGUUCACACCGGGCAAUGUUCAAGGACGCCCUUAACAUGGGUUCUUGGCACUUUUAACAUAUAGUAUUCACACAGGUCUGGUGCGAAGUUUUAAAGCUGUGAAAUUUGAAGAAUCUUGCUCCAAGCUUUAUUUUUUACAACUCUAGUAUGAUAUAUGAAUAACUUGGUUUCAUAGAUUUUGUGGUUAUUAAUUUCUCCUUCAUCGUUUCAACAAGUUCUGUGUUCUAAAAAAAAAUACAUCACUAUCAAAUCCAAUUCCCUCAAAGUUAAACUGGUGUGCGAAUGUUUCGCUCGUUUUGUUCGUAGAGCUCAAAAACGGACUUAAAAACUAGCAUAGAAACGCAUGAACGCAGAAGUUUUAAACAACUAAAUGUAACGCACAAUUUUAUAGCCAAACCUUUUCCCAACCCGGUGUGAACGUAGCUUUGAUAAAAAGCUGUGAAGGACGACAUAAAGAGUUUAAAAACAGCUUACAUUUUGAAGCCUUUUGUCCUUCUCCGCCUUUGACCUCCCCCGCUUUUCUGCUGCCUCAUUUUCUCCAUCACACAGCAGACUCUACACUUACAUUAGAGUGUGGUACUUUCUGCUAAAUACUUUUGACCCAGAGAGAAGCAAUACUACUUUACUCCUAUUUGUGUGAGACAUCUUUAAACAUUAUUGCAAUAAAAAAAAAAAAGCUUGGAUUAGUAACCAACCAGCAACCCCACAGCCAGGAAGACAGACACAGACAUAAGAGAGCUAGACAGGGACUUGAACUUGAAAGACUUGUAGCCACAGCUUUGAAUAUUUAAUUGUCUCUUCUCUCAGUACCUCCUAUGGCCCUAGUUCUAAGGUUACGUCAAUGUACAUGUUCAACCAAAUGAAAGCUGCUGAUACUGAAGCCUAAAGCUAAUUUACUGAAUAUUUCCUGUUGACAAACUCUGCGAUUGUAAAAACGAGAGUGUGUGAUGGAGAAAAUGUUUAACGUGCUUUUCUUUUUCUUUAAAGUCCCACUCCAAUCAUCUUUUUGUAAAAGAGUUCCCAAUGGUUCUUUUAAUUGUGAUUAUAUCAAUCUUAGCCAUAGAAAAAACUUGUGUCGUUCUCUAGAACAUAGUUUCUAGAGAGUGGCAGGAAUUGAUUAAAAUUCUCCUCUGAAUUGUGGGCGGGACUGUUGGUGCGAAAGUUAGCCUGCACUCAUUUCCCAUCCUCUCUUUAGCUGUGUUCAAAUCAUUGACAUGAAUAGUGAUGGACAAAACAAGGCUGUUACCUCGAGAUUCCUACAAAAUGAAGUCGAUUCAGUCGCCAUUUUUCUUGGGGUACGGAUAUCGCCUGAUUUCGCCAUUUUUGGACCAAACGAUGUUAGCAAGCAGUGAUUGGUCCGAGGAUCUGUCACUCAAACGCUUUGAACGUUUGAGGUGGGGCCAGUGGAAUUCACAUGUACACUCCAUGUACGGUGUAUGGUCCAAGUUCCUUCACUACUCACUAUAUAGUGCAUUAUAUGUAUGUAUAUGCAUUUGCCGUUUUGUAAUGCUGUCUAAAUCUACAAUUCCUAAAUCGAGUGAACUAGAAAUUUGCAAAAAAAACAUUGUACAUCGAUGCUCACUAUUUUAGCGUUUGGACAAUUUUUGUGGAAAAAAAUGUCUUU